GACUACACUAUUUAGCUAAACUAAGAAUUAGUCAAUAGACGAUGGGUAGUUAGUUAGCCUAGAGUUAAUAUACUGGCACGUUUGAUAUAUAAGUAGCCAACUAACGUUAGGUGGCUAGCUAACAACAAAGUUACCGGUACUAUUGUAAAGCUAUGCUAUGUGGUUAGUAAUUUGUUAGGUAUGCUGUCCUUAUCAGCCAACACCGUGUAAGGAGUCAUGGUAAAGUGCAUAGCCAUAGUUCUGUCAGGGUGUGGGGUCUACGAUGGGACAGAGAUCCACGAGGCGUCUGCUGUGCUGGUCCACCUCAGCAGGGCUGGAGCUAAGGUCCAGAUGUUUGCCCCUGACGUGGAUCAGAUGCAUGUGGUGAACCACUGCGAGGGGAAACCCACGGCGGAGAAACGCAACGUCCUGCAGGAGAGCGCUCGUAUCGCCCGCGGUGAUGUGUCAGACCUUACCAAACUGGACAUUACCGCUUUUGACGCCCUCGUCAUCCCAGGUGGUUUUGGUGUGGCCAAGAACCUGUGUGACUGGGCUGUGAAGGGGAAGGAGUACACAGUUCAGCCCCAGGUAGAGAAGCUGAUUAAGGGGUUCCACGGAGUAGGCAAGCCCCUGGCUAUGUGCUGCAUCUCCCCUGUCCUAGCUGCUAGGGCCCUGCCGGGAUGUGAGAUCACUGUGGGACAGGACAGCGAGUGUGAGAGAUGGCCCUAUGCCCAGACGGCAACCACCAUGACUGAGCUGGGCUGUAAACACGUGAAUAAGAAUGUGGGGGAGGUGCACGUCGACGUAAAGAACAAGCUGGUCACCACCUCUGCCUUCAUGUGUAACGCUCCAAUACACGAGGUGUUUGAUGGGGUGGGUGUCAUGGUUACAGAGCUGCUCAAACUGACCUAGAAAGUCUGGGAAUCAGACUGCUGAUUUUGUUUUUGUCCCAAAUGGCACCCUAUUCCCUUGUAGUGCUUAUGGGCCCUGAUCAAAAGAAGUGCACUGUAUAGGAUGUCAUUUAGGACACUCUUAGAAUCAUGUUUGUUUUCCAGGAGACUAUCCUGAUCUGAUUUUACUACAGUGUCACUUACAGGAUUGUUUAAGAAGCUGAAACAGACAUCAGAAGCUACAUGUUUCUGUUGCACCAUAUGUACUGUGAUCAAAAUUGUAAUAAAAGUGAUGUAAAAUAAUCAA